GCUACAGGGCCCAUUGUGACGGUAGCGAUGUUUGGAACGUUGCUGCUCCUCGGCGUUCUGAGCGUGACGCGGCCUCUCACCAGCUGUGGGGGAGGAGGGGACACACGGGCUCUGGUGGUGCCUCACAGCCACAUGGACGUCGGUUGGGUAUACACUGUGCAGGAGAGCAUGCAUGCAUAUGCAGCCAAUGUUUACACAACUGUUGUGGAAGAACUGAUAAAAGGGAAACAACGCAAGUUUAUUGCAGUCGAGCAAGAGUUCUUUCGGCUGUGGUGGAAUGAUGUGGCCACCAGCACACAGAAAAAACAGGUGUACCAGCUGCUGGCAGAGGGACGCUUGGAGUUUGUCCUUGGAGGUCAAGUGAUGCACGACGAAGCAGUAACGGAACUCAGUUCCCAGAUUUUGCAGCUCACAGAGGGACAUGGCUUUCUGUAUGAAACAUUUGGAGUGAGACCUCAGUUUUCUUGGCACGUUGAUCCUUUUGGAGCUUCAGCAACAACCCCCACAGUGUUUUCUCUGGCAGGCUUCAAUGCUCACCUUAUUUCCCGCAUCGACUACGAUCAGAAGAAUAUGAUGCAGAAAGGCAAGAAGCUGCAGUUUGUGUGGCGAGGAUCUUCCUCCUUGGCACAGGGUCAAGAAAUCUUCACUCACACCAUGGACCAAUACAGUUACUGUGUUCCCUCUUACCUUCCCUUCUCGAACAGAUCUGGCUUUUUUUGGAAUGGCGUUGCUGUUUUUCCUGAUCCACCAAAAGAUGGGAUUUACCCAAACAUGAGUCUCCCCGUCACCAAUGAGACCAUUCAUCUUUACGCAGAGACCAUGGUAUCGAACAUCAAAGAAAGAGCAGCAUGGUUCAGAUCUAAUCCUGUCCUGUGGCCAUGGGGCUGUGACAAGCAGUUCUUCAAUGCCUCUGUGCAGUUUGAAAAUAUGGAUCCGUUGAUGGAAUACAUCAAUCAGCACUCCGAUGAAUUUGGAGUUACUGUGCAUUAUGCUACACUGAGUGAAUAUUUUCAGGCUCUUCACAAGACAAACCUGACUUGGGAUGUCCGAAACAACCAGGACUUCCUCCCAUACUCCUCAGAACCAUUUGAAGCCUGGACUGGAUUUUAUGCUUCUCGGAAUAUACUUAAAGGAGUGGCUCGGAGAGCAAAUGCCUUCCUUUAUGCCUGUGAUUCCCUUUUUACACAGUAUCUGCUGAAAUAUCCGUCAGGGUCUGUAGAUAAACUUUGGGCACUGCAGCAAAUUCAGAACCUGCGAUGGGCUGUAUCAGAGGUACAACAUCAUGAUGGAAUAACAGGGACCGAGUCACCCAAAGUGAGAGACAUGUAUAUGGAUCAUCUUUUACGAGGAAGCUGGGCUGUAAAGAAAGUGAUGGCUGCCAUAUUUGAAGAAACUCUGGCUGCUGCAGUGAAGAAGUCUACUCCUCGUCCCGAUAGGCAAGUCACUAGCCUAAAAGAGGGAGACCUUUUGCAGAUCACAGUGUACAACCCUCUAGGAUGGAACAUCACGACUUUUGUUAAUCUGUCCAUUGCAUACUCAGUCGUCAGUGUGUAUGACGACGCUGGAAAUACUGUACCAUCGCAGAUCCAGAAAUCCUCAGAGUCUAACAAUACCUUUGAUCUGUACAUCCUGGUGACCCUAAAUGCACUUGACUACCGUAGGUAUCUGGUAAAGCCUGAAAAAUCCAGCUCUAUCAAGCAAUCAGAUAUUCACUACUCUAAAAAACAGAAGGCCUACAGAGGAAAAGUGGUUGCAUUUGACAGAAAGAUGAUGAACACGUCCAAAAAGACAGGACAUAGACUACUUCCAGUGAUGAAUGAGUGCUAUUUACUGAAGCUAGACCAGGACACAAACUUACUGUACAGCAUCACUGACAGAACUUCGCAGAAGAUUGUUAAAAUAACACAGAAGUUCUUAGAGUAUCGAGCGAAUGGAAAUAUCAAACAAGGUCCAAUCUCGGAUAAUUAUAUAUUUACACCCAAUGGCUCAGCGGUGCCUGUAUCCAAGUCCGUCAGCAUGGAAAUUGUUUUCGGAAAACUGGUAACCGAAAUCAGACAGUACUUUUACAGCAAUAUUUCAGCUGCUGCAAACGAGUACCAACAUGUGAUAUUCACAAGGAUCUACAAAGUGCCUGCCGGCUACGAGGGAGCACUGCUCUGCAACAGAAUUGAGCAGGAAUACAGAGUUGGGCCACUGGAGAUGAACAGGGAGGCAAUCAUACGGACAAAUACGGAUUUGAAAACUGAUCGCACCAUUUAUACUGACAAUAACGGUUAUCAAAUCAUGAAGAGACAGUAUAGAACCUACUCACAAAACACUCUGGCUCGGAACUACUACCCUCUUGUGAGGACCACUUACAUCGAGGACAAUGGCACAAGGCUGGUUAUGUUGUCUGAACGAGCUCAUGGCAUUUCCAGCCAGGCUGAUGGGCAGGUGGAGGUGAUGCUUCACCGAAGGUUGUGGAACAAUAAAGAUUGGAACCUGGGCUACAACCUGACUCUGAACGACACCUCUGUGGUGCGACCGCUUUUCUGGCUGAUGUUGGGGUCAAAAUCCGUCACUUCAUCUCUUUAUCAAAGUGGGAUGGCCCUCGAGUUCAGACCUGUUGUUCUGUAUGGUUCCGUCUCAGGAAAAGAUGUAGUCAUUCCAUUACAUAAUCCAGGUGGAGGGACUAUAGAAAAUUCCAUGUUUCUCCCAUCUAACAUUCACCUCCUGACCUUAUGCGUGCCUGGAUGGAGAUACAGCUCAAACCACACUGACCACAUACAGAGCAUUGCUCAAGGUAAAUAUAAAUCGUCUAACCCAAACUUCAGUCGGGUAUUACUGAGACUGAUGCAUUUGUAUGAAGUGGGAGAAGAUGCGAUUCUGUCUGAACCUGUGACCAUAAACCUGAAGAACUUACUCAAAGUGUUGGGGACAGUGGUGUCUGUUGAGGAACGCUCGCUCACAGGAACCUGGGACGUUAACACACUGGCACGUUGGAAAUGGAAAACAGCAGAGCAACGAGACACAGAAUGUAAAAAAGACACAAGACGGCUAACUGAGGGCUUCACUGUGACCCUUCAACCCAAGGAGAUAAGAACAUUCUUUGUGUAUUUUGGACAAGAGGGAAAUGAUCCACAAUAACUUGAAAUGUGAAACCUGAGAAUGUUUAAUUCAGAACUGUGUGGUUAUUUCAGCCAUACCAUCACUGAGGCGGUAUGACAUGCUCUCUCCAAUCCUCCCCCCCUCCAUAACAAGUCUGUAUCAUGUGUUCAGCAUAUAGAUUGCUGUUUAACUCUUGUGCAAGAUGUCGUCGGGCUUGCAUUUCACCAUUGGGUAUUGGAAGAAAGGUCUUAAGUUCUUCGCUGUGUACUUCCUGCACUUGUCUCACAAACCUUCCAAACCUAGCCUUAUAAAGCACCUUUCCACUGACCAGAGUUAGCACUUAAUUGCCACCACGCUUUCUAAGGUCUAGUUAAAAUACAUAUCAAUCAGACUUCAACAUCCUGACUACAUUUAUUCAAUAUCAAUUAAUGUGUCCAUGGCUUUGUAUGCUCUGUGAGCAGUUACACCUCAGAAUAUCAGUGCCUUGAGUUUCCAAUUUAGACACCUUCUUAUUGAGUUAUAAAGACUCAUUGUUCAUCAUCUGUUUAGCUUCCCAUCUGCUCCUGGUGGGGUUUAGACAGGGUCUCCUACCCUCCUCAUCUCGUCGCUUUAUCUAUUUUUCUAAUUCCCUUCUUAAACUAUCACUCAUUCUGCAGUUCAGCUAGGAAUUUUGUAAUUUAUGUUUCCCAACCUGGUCUGCCCAUUUUAAUCUCCAUUCCUCAAAUUCCUGUUUCUUUUUCUCCAUCACCUCUUGUAGGGAAUGUACUGCUGCCUGGGCUCUACUGAGUCCUUCCCUCAAGAUUGUAUUACCUUUUUCUAUGGCUCUUACAUCCUUGGCUGUUUUGAACUGUUGUUCUAACCCCUCAUUUUUAAUUAUCAACUGCUCUCUUUUUCUCCUGUUUCCCAUUGACUGCCUGGAACUCCACCUUUCAUAGUCACACCAAACACCACUGCACUAUUAUCAAAUGACACGCACAAGUAUUUUAAAAGGCACAUUAAGAGGACUUUUGUCUGACAUUCUGUAUUGCAGUUAUAGACAUAGUUAUCAACUCAUUUGGGCUCUCAAGGUGUGAAGUCCCAUUUGGACUAACCUGUUCUCUGCGCUGUUUUGUGGACAAGCUUUUACAUAAUCUAUUACAAGCUUUUCCCACUGUCCAUUUACCUGCAAUCUGAGUGGGACUUAUUUGGUCAUUCAAUCCACGACUGUUUGUGGCACCGCAAUGCCUUAAAUUAUGUUGGAGUCCGUAAUACAUAAAAUAAAGGUACUUACUGUUUGAGCAACUUGAGCAAACUAACCAACUUUGUUAGAUAUCCCUCCAAGGUAUAACUGCUACCUGCCUGCUCAAACACCUUGUAUUUAUACCUUUGUUUCCAUGCUCUGACACUUACAAAAUAACACAAGCCAAAGCCCUAAAGCAUAGGGGUGUCCUAGCUGGACAAGCAGCGCGAAAGUUUGCAAGACAAUAAUAUCAACGGCAAACUAUACGGAUUUAGACUCCAGCAGUAACCCCAACGCACAUUCUGG